AAUAAAUAAGAAAAAAAAAUAGAGAAGAGAGAGAGAGACAAAAGACAUCCCAAUUGCAGAGAAACCGUGUUGAAGUUGGUCUCUGAGCUGCUUCUUCGCCCCUCUUUAUAUUUUCCAGCAAAUUAUUUUCCUUUAAUAAAAACUUUUCUAAGAAAAAAACCGUAUAAAUUAUCUGAGAGUCUUCAACAGUUUCUCCAACAUCCAACAAUUUUCAGAUUUUUUGGUGACUUUCUUUCGAUUAAAUCUUUGGAUAUGGCGUCGAGUCAGUGGACGAGGUCAGAGGAUAAGAUGUUCGAGCAAGCUUUGGUGCUUUUCCCUGAGGGAUCUCCCAAUCGGUGGGAGAGAAUCGCUGAUCAGCUCAACAAAUCGCCUGGUGAAGUUAGGGAGCAUUACGAGGCGUUGGUGCACGACGUUUUGGAGAUCGAUUCCGGCCGAGUCGAUGUCCCUGAUUACAUGGAUGACUCUGCGGCGGGUUGGGACUCAGCUGGUCAGAUCUCGUUUGGUUCUAAACACGGCGAGGGGGAAAGGAAACGAGGAACUCCUUGGUCGGAAAACGAACACAAAUUGUUUCUGAUUGGAUUGAAGAGAUAUGGUAAAGGAGACUGGAGGAGCAUAUCAAGGAACGUGGUGGUCACUAGGACACCUACGCAAGUCGCCAGCCAUGCUCAGAAAUAUUUCCUUAGACAGAACUCGGUGAAGAAGGAGAGGAAGAGGUCGAGCAUACACGACAUAACUACGGUCGAUACUAAUUUAGCCAUGCCUGGUUCCAACAUGGACUGGACUGGCCAGCAGGAGAGCUCUGUCCAGGCUCAGCAGCAGCAGAGCAUGUCGGAGUUUGGUCAGGAACUGACUCCUGGUGGUCAUUACGAGGAGUUCGGUUAUCGGAUGUGAUAAAAAAGGGAGGAAGUUUGUAAUGGUUUUAGUUUGUUUAGUAGGGGGUUUUACACAUUUUAUGUGAAUAGGAAAGCAAUAGCAUUGGGUUUAUUUUCUUAUACUGAUGAAAGAAUAAAAAAAUAGUGUAUAGAAGUAAGUUUUUUUUGUAACACACUUUGUUUGGUACCUUUUUGGUAUUUUGAAUCAAAUGCAUAUGGUUGUUUUUCA